AUGAGUAGCAAACUCUGGCAGUAUUUUCUCCAAGAUGAUGUCCAGAGCUUCACACGGUUUCUGGCAGACACCACCAGCUCCAAUACUCAACGGAAAAGCAGUAGCAAUGCAUCUGCCUUUUCGGGCCAUGGAAGCUCCGGAGCCGCGCUAGGGACAUCACCAGGCUCGUUCUUGAAAGGUUCCCACCCAACUGCUGCUUCAUCGCCGAAGCAGCCCUCCUCCACCACGCGGAAUGCGCCUGUUAUAUUGACUCGCGCUGAUGUCAAUGUGAAGGAUCACUAUGGCCGCACGUUAUUGCACCUAAUAGCUUCGUCGCAGAAGGAAAAUGCGAUUGAAUUUGCUUCUUCGCUGCUGGAGGUGCCUUUCGUGGAUAUAUAUGCCCAGGAUCUGGAGAGCGGGUGGACUGCGCUCCAUCGCGCGCUAUACGCUGGGAACGUGGCCAUUGCGCAGGCCCUUCUUGCGAGGGAUAUUCGCGAUGCUACUGAUUUCAGGCCGCCCGGAGGAAUCCCCCACCCAUCGGGUGGUCUGAUCAAGAUCAAAGACCGCGAGGGAAACAGCCCCUUCGACGUCUUUGGAGCGACUAUUCUGCCUCGCGAUAUCAACAAUGCUUCGGAAUAUAAGUCUAAUUCAGAUUCAGAUGAUGCAGCGUCAACCGAGUCUUCCAUCUUGUCCGAAACAGAGAUUGUGCAUGAGACGGCCUGGCCGGCGAACGUAAAGCCUGUGGUCAAUAUACUUGGUGAUGAGGUAUUCACUUUCGGUAGCAACAAGAAUCUUAAUCUUGGGCUGGGUGAUGAGGAUGACCGCCAAUUCCCCGAGCGGAUCUGCCUCACUCGCCCAGAUCAUCUGUUAUACACUUUCAAUCGCGACCACAGAGUAGUUCGUGCUGCCCGUAGAGGGUCAGAUCCCCAUGUCGAAGAGUCUGAUAUCCAUUCUGUCAAUGAUAUUCCUACUUUGGUUCGAGCGCGUCCCAUCAUCUACCAACAAAUUGUGAUGUCAAAACUACACACCGGAAUCAUUACAGAUGACCCGGAGUCGAAUCUGUUUAUGUGCGGGUUUGGUCCAGGAGGGAGGUUGGGAACUGGUGACCAAGGUACUAGAUUCAGUUUUGUUUGCAUCGAGGGCGGCGGUCUUGCGGGGAAGAAGGUAGUUUCCCUGGCCCUUGGCCAAGACCAUUCCAUCGCCGUCUCUGAACAGGGAGAGGUGUUCAGCUGGGGAAGUAAUAAGUACGGACAGCUGGGAUACGCGCUUCCCAAAACCAUCCACAAGAACGAUGUGCCCAUCCAAACUACUCCGCGGCAAAUCUUCAACCCUUUCAAGAAAGAAGCCAUUAUCGGCGCGGCUGCUUCUGCCAUCCAUUCUGUUGUAUUUACGCCCACAGGUCUAUAUACGUUCGGUAAGAAUGAAGGUCAGUUGGGUCUCAUCGAUGCCGAUGCCCGCUCUCUCGAGACACAAACAAUUCCCCGGAGGGUUGGCGCGUCGCUGUUCAGUUCGCCCAUUGUGAUGGUUUCAGCAAUCGAUCGAGCCACGACCUGUUUGCUCGAAAACCACGAAGUUUGGGUCUUCACCCAUUACGGUUACUCUAAAAUUGUCUUCCCCCUUGAUGGUGCGUCGAGCUUCAUCCGAAACAGCUUCAUGUCGACGAGAUACGGCUUAUCCACCAAUCACAUUUCUAAAAUCACAUCUGGCGGCAAUACUAUAUGCGCGAUGUCGACAUUCGGCGAAGUCUAUACAGUUCAUGUUAGCCGCAAGGCGGAUACUAGUUCUACAGCAUCAUCCACCACCAACCCAGCCAAGAUCCGAAAUUCGUUGCCGCAGCCGUCUCGCGUGUGGUCUAUCAAAAAAUCCCACAUGGCUGUCCGAGACGUUGACGUUGGUCAAGAUGGAUCCAUCAUUUUAUGCACCGAGUCUGGCUCUGCGUGGAGAAAGGAAAAGCGCGCCAAGAUCAAGGAGGCUGAUGGCAAAACCACAGGAACUUCUCGUUUGAAAGACUACAAAUUUGUUCGGGUUCCGGGCCUUUCCCGCGUCGUAGCUGUUAGGAGUAAUGCGUUCGGGGCAUACGCGGUUUCUCAGCGCAGUUGCGACGUGGCUAAAGAGCAAAUAAUGAUUGAUCGUCCCUCUAUAUGGGAUGAUUUCUGGCCCCUCUUAGCAUUUAAAAGCAUAUUGAGGGAUCGGGACUCUGGUGAUACCUUGGUGAUGUCCAUGGAUGUCGUUAUAAGGAACACGCUUAUCGAGCCUUGCAGCCUUGAGUCGGAAAUCAAGCUAACAUUGGAUGAUGCUGUUCGCUCCGAUUCCUUUCGACCAAUUGUUUGGGUGUCGACAACUGCCUCGGAUGUUCGAAUUCCUGCACAUGAGUUCAUUCUGACUGGCCGAAGCUCGGUUUUGAGAAGGGCUUUGUCUGAAUUCCACACCUUCGACAUCGAGUACGAUAAGAACGGCCAGGUUUCAAUCAAGUUUCACGACGUCGACUUCCUGGCCAUAUUCAACCUGGUGCUGUAUAUGUAUGCAGACAAGGUCUAUGAUGUGUGGACGCUAGUGCGCCACUCACCCAAACAUGCGGCGCAGUACAAACGGGUUCGAAUCGAAGUCUUGAAGCUAGCAACGGCACUUGAACUUCGUGAGCUUGAGCGUGCUGCGAGAUUCAUGAUUUUGCCUAGGAAAAGUUUACACAUAAAUAUGGAGCGGGCGUAUGAGGAUCCCAGCCUCUUUGGAUGUAGUGACGUGGUGAUUGAACUUGAUGGCGGCAAUGCAAGCGCCCACAGGCAGAUUUUAUGCGCUCGCUGUCCGUUUUUCAAUGGGUUGUUUUACGGGAGAUCCGGCGGUGUUUGGUUGGCCGGAAGACGUGAUGGUGUCUCCGAUUCUGGUGUUGAUCCUGUUCGUGUCGAUUUGAAACAUAUCCGUCUUGGCAUCUUCAAAUUUGCCUUGCGUCAUAUAUAUGCGGAUACGGAUGAUGAGCUUUUUGAAGACGUUAAAUUUGACGAACUGGAUGAUUUGAUUGACCUGGUAAUUGAUGUUAUGGCUGUUGCAAAUGAGUUGAUGCUGGAUAGGCUUGCACAGAUAUGCCAGAAGCUGCUGGGCCGGUUUGUCAAUAAUCGGAACGUAUGUCAUUAUCUAAAUGCAGUUGCACCGUGUUCGGUGACCGCUUUCAAACAGGCCGCGCUAGAGUACAUCUGCUUAAAUCUUGAAGCUAUGCUGGAAAACAGGCUGCUUGAUGACCUAGACGAUGAUCUAUUCUUCGAACUCGACGCUGUCUGUCGAGCAAACCAAUUAACAUGCCAACCAGUUUCUCGGGGUCGGAAUUCGGAAGAUUACAUCGCGGAAAGAUACCCAGAAGUAAUUCCUCUGCUUGAACAGGAUAGGCAACGCCGGAUAGAUUCAAUGAGGCUUCGUUCGCGUCUGCACGAAGAUGAGUUGCGGGAGAGUAAAUUCCGCACCGGCACCAGUGAUAAGGGCGGUCUUUCCGUCAAAAUUCGGCAGUCUGAACCUGUUCUCAGGGAGGCGGAGUCGAUCGAGGAAGCGAGUCCAGCACUGAAGUCAAAGCAGUCAACGGGAGACUUGAUUUUCCAUAUGGAUGAUGAUCACCUCCUGCCCUCCAACCAACAUGAAGCCAGUGUCCAGCCAUCUCAGAAACAAAUUGAUUCAAUGGAUGUCGAGGGACGACCGUUGCCGAUGGAAGAAAAAAUUCGAGAUACUGGAGCCAAAAUGUCAGCAGCGUCCACAGACCCUGAUAGCUCGUCUACUACGCUUCUGGUAAAAUCUAAUGAACGAGGUCCUGCUGGUGCUCCAUGGAGUUCUGUCGGACUUGCAAAUACUAAAACAGGCUUGAAGGAUAUCAUGGCAGAAACUUUAGGAUCUCAUCCAUCGGGCGUGGGCAUAAGUAUAUCGACUCGACGGGAUGCGCCCGUAACAAGCAAACUCAUCCCAUCAAAGCUCUCGCAGAAAGAGCGUAAAAAGCUCCAGCAACAGCAUGCCCGUGAGGUAUUUGAACAACGAGAGACAUCCAAAUCAAAACCCUCGCCACCUUGGCAAACCGUCGCCAGCAGAUCAUCUCCGGCACCUUCAUUGACGCGGGCAGAAUCCCAGUCAACUAUGAAUGUCUCGACGCCGGCUCGCACACCCUCCAAGCCGCCAAUGACACUGCGGCAAACCGUCGCUGGUGUACCUUCGCCGCAAAGCAGUACGCCCAGUCCGGCUCCACAGGAGCAGCAACAUGCACAGGAAACCCGAUUACCGCCUUCCACACCAAAAGCGUCACCCCUACCUACCUUGAAGGCAGAGUCAUUACCACGACAACCCUCCUCGUCUGCCACUCCUCCAUUGACGACGCCAAACCAGACGGCCUCACGAUCUCAGCCCUACGCCAUCACUACCCGCAAUAGAGACGACCACCAUCGCCAUCCACGGCAAUUCAACUACUCCUGCCCUUCACCUUCCUCCAGCUCAUUUUCCCUAGCCUACAUUCUCGAACAGCAGCAGAUCGAGAAAGACGUGAUCCGGGAAGCGGCUACCACCAAGCAUAAGUUGCAGGAUAUCCAGCUCGAGCAAGAGUUUCAGGAAUGGUGGGAUCAGGAGAGCAGGAGGGUGAGGGAGGAAGUUGAGAAGGCAGAGGCUGCGGCGGCGAGAAGACAUGUGGCUGUGGGUUCGGGACCGGGGAGGGGAAAAGGGAAGAGAGGUAGGGGUGGAGGGGGAGAUGCUAGUGGUGGAGGAAGAAGAGGUGGAUCUGCGCAUGGGCCAGCGACAGGCAGUGCCCAAGCCCGUUCUGAUCGGGGACGAAGGGGUGGUGGUGCCAUGGGAAAUAUCUCCAACGCUAUGGCGGUGACGUCGAACGAUGAAGAAAGCCCUGCCUCUCAGCUGCAAGUGCAGAGCGCUGCUGCGGAUGGAAAUGGACGGAGGGUUGUUUCUGAUCGAGGAAGGGGAGGUGGUCGUGGACAGAGUCAUAGCCUUGGCCAUUCUCGAGGGAGAGGCGGUGGAGGCGGUGGAGGUAGAAUUGGGCCUCGUGGCAAGGGGAAGGAGAGAGCAGUAUCGACGUCGUGA